AUGCACCUUCGCUCUCUCGACAAAAGGUAUCGCGACUUGGCAGCUAAAGAGAACGUGUGCCUGGUACCAGAUCUGUCAUUUGACAGUGACAUCACCGCAUUCGAUAGGGACCCAACUGAAAAAGCUAUCAGCUGGCUGUGGGUGCCAGUGCAAAUCUCUGUGGGUAAAAAAACUCACACUCUAGCCCUACCUUCCAGGCUCCAGCAAGUCCAGGUCGUACCCGAGCCCAAUGCAACUGGUUCAAAACGCAAGGCAGACGUCGCUUUAAAUCACACCAGUGAUGCAGCUCCAGAGGAUGGGGAGCUCAUACAGGGGGGUUCUGAGAAAAAGCCACGCACUGACCGCAGAGGAGCCUCCUCAAAAAAUAACCACAAGCGUGCAGGUAAUCCGGCCCGAAAACUUGAAAGGCUCAGUCAAAAGCUCCAAAAAGCCGGUCUGACUGUUUUGAACGGCUCGUAUUCAAUAGUUGAAGACGGAUCUGCUUCCUCAACAGGAUGGCAGGGUGCCACACCCACACUAAGUGACUGUGAAAAAAUUGAAGCAGCCUACGAUAGUGGUGCAAUCAAAGAUAUGGUGGCCAAGUUUUACCCUGUCCGCUAUGAGGAUGCCGCAAUCAAAGACUUGCUCCACCCAUUGGCAUCAAACGAAUCCGUUUGCCGAAAGCACGCUCACAAUGCUAGAGGCCCACACAUUGCCUGCAUCAUAGGCCACUAUCGGCAGUAUUCUAAGGUGGCGGAACCUGAUCUCACUGGCUUCCACAAGCAGAAUAUGGACCGCGUAAACAAAUUUAUUUCACAGCCCAUUAUCCAGAGAAUAAUACGAUUUGCAGAGCAGUUUGUGAUGCUAUUCUUCCCUGGCGUCGCAGAAAGAUUCCGCCGGUGUGCCGAGUGGCAUGAGCAGAGAUACCCAAAUGCCAAGCCCCUGUUUGGGUGCUUCUGGAACCUCUGCGUGAAUGAUAGCAAAAAUAUUGUUGGUGUCUGCCUUCUCAUGGUGUACGUUCUCCCUGGAAGUGGCUUUGACCACACUCGAAAAACCUGGCUGGUUCUCUGGGAGGCUGGAGUUGUCAUUGAGCUCCCUCCAUGGGUCUUUUUGGCAUAUCCAUCCUCACUCCUGUACCACUUUAAUAUCGAUGUUGACGGUGCUUUUUCAUCAUGA